UAAAUUAACAGUGUCUUAUCCUCAUCCAGUUAGUCACCGGUUCGCUUUUUCGCUGUUCACGUUUCGCACGCGAAUUUUUUAAAUAAUUAUUAUUAUGUGGUUUCAGACGGUUCUGUUUGUUUGUGUUUGUUACGUUUGUGAUAGGACUAACGCUGCCGAUCAGCCCAACAUUUUAUUGAUUAUUGCCGAUGAUCUCGGUUGGAAUGAUGUGGGAUUUCAUGGUGGCAAUCAAAUUCCGACACCGAAUAUCGACGCAUUAGCCUACAACGGGAUAAUAUUGAACAGUCAUUAUGUACAAUCAACAUGCACGCCGUCGAGGACGGCCUUAUUGACCGGCAAAUAUCCCAUGAGAUUGGGGAUGCAAGGUGAACCGCUGAUGGCGGCCGAGAAGAGGGCACUGCCAGAUGGUAAACUUAUGCCGCAAUAUUUCAAGGAUUUAGGAUAUUCGACACAUCUGGUGGGAAAAUGGCAUUUGGGCUACUCACGCUGGAACGAGACGCCGAUCGCUCGUGGCUACGACCACCAUUUCGGCUUCUACAACGGCUUCAUCAGCUACUAUGAUUAUUUAUCAACUUGGAACUACAACGACAGAGACUGGACCGGAUUCGAUUUGCGUAGGGACGGCGAAGCGGCCUUCGAGGAAGUCGGCAAGUAUUCGACCGACUUGUUUACCGAAUAUGCGAUAAAUACGAUCGAGAAUAACGACGUUAAUAAGCCGCUGUUCAUGACGGUCGCCUACAACGCGGUCCACGCCAGUAACCAGGGGAAACCCCUCGAAGCGCCUCAAGAAACCGUCAACAAGUUCAAGCACAUCGCCGACGCUAACAGACGAACCUACGCAGCAAUGGUAUCAAAAAUGGACGACAGCAUAGGAUCAAUUGUUGAAGCUCUCGAUGGCAAAGGAAUGCUACAAAACACGGUCAUUGUAUUCAUGACCGACAACGGCGCCCCCACUUUAGGAUCAUACCGAAACUGGGGCAGCAACUACCCACUUCGAGGGAUCAAAAACACGCUAUUCGAAGGAGGCAUACGUGGAACAGCCUUUAUUUGGAGCCCCCUUUUGGUACAAUCAGCCAGGGUAUCAUCCGAUUUGGUGCAUAUAACCGACUGGUUGCCCACUUUGUAUUCGGCAGCUGGUGGAGACAUUGGAGCCAUAGAUCCAGAUCUGGAUGGCAUAGAUCAAUGGUCCAGUCUAGUAUACGAUUUGCCAUCGCCGAGGAACGACAUAUUAAUUAAUAUAGAUGAGAAAACGAGGAAUGCGGCGCUCCGGUUCUACAACUGGAAAUUAAUUGUCGGAACGAGCCAGAACGGAACGUACAACGAAUAUUACGGGGACACGGUUUUGGAAAACAUAGAGGAGCCUUCUUACAACGGCAGCGCGAUUUACGACAGUCCUGCGGGAAGGGUUAUUAGGAAGGUCAAUUACACACCCCUCACCGAAUUGGAGUACGAGGGACUAAGACGCACAUCAACGCUACGGUGUCUCGGCCCUAAGGCGAAGAAAAACCCCUGCGAUCCAGCCAGUGGUGCAGUUUGUUUGUACGACAUACCGAGCGAUCCCUGCGAGGAAAACGAUCUGGCGAAGUUCUUUCCCAGCGUCGUGCGACGCAUGAAACGGGCCCUGGUCGAUUACCGACAAGGACUGGUGCCGCAACUGGACCAGGAGAUCGACAUCGAAGGGGACGAUCCGAAACUCUACAAGUACACUUGGAAUCCGUGGCUGGACUGUUCGGACACUUCUUGCCAAGCACCCAGUGUCAUAGGUUAAACGAUGAUGAUCAGCUCUUUGGCAACUUUAUGAGUCUCCAAGUGUCUCAUGUUGGCGUCUUUUGUUUGUACAAAAAUUGUGUUGUAAAUAGUUUAGGCGAUUUUGAUACAAAUUAUUGAUUUGUUAAUGUGUAAUCUAGAUCUAAUAUUUAAUUUAUUGUACUAUUUUACAAAAAUAAUUAAAGAAUUCUAUUAUAUUAAA